AUGUGCUUCUUUGUGUGUCUGCAGGGCAUCAGCGUGGUUGAGCAGGAGCAGCUGGACAACAUGAUGAUCGAGAUGGACGGCACAGAAAACAAAUCUCAAUUUGGGGCCAACGCCAUCCUGGGGGUGUCUCUAGCCAUCUGUAAGGCCGGUGCUGCGGAGAAAGAGGUCCCCCUGUACCGCCACAUAGCCGACCUGGCUGGAAACACAGAGCUGGUGCUGCCGGUUCCUGCCUUCAAUGUGAUAAAUGGAGGUUCCCAUGCAGGUAACAAACUGGCCAUGCAGGAGUUUAUGGUUCUUCCUGUAGGAGCUGAGUCUUUCAAGGAGGCUUUGAGGAUAGGAUCGGAGCUGUACCACACGCUGAAGGGGGUGAUCCAGGAGAAAUACGGCCAGGAUGCAACCAAUGUGGGAGACGAGGGUGGGUUUGCUCCCAACAUCCUGGAGAACAGUGAGGGUAAGGCUCCUUGGUCAAUAUUAAAUAUCACUAACGGCCCGUCU